AUGACGGGCCUCCAUGGCAAGCGCCUUGGGCGGUCCAGCUCCAAGGCGGCGGCGGCGGCGCCGCUGCCUCCUCCCAAGCGCUCGCACUCCCUUCCAGCUUCCAGCAGCGACCAGGGCCCGAUGGACGUGACCGCGGCCGUGGCCCCUCCUCCUCCGGCACGAGCCAAGGCCCCGGCUCCUCUGCCCAAGCGCGAGAGCUCCGUUCCCGCUGACUGUCCGCCGCCCACCACCGCGUACGUGCUCCGCAACCGCCGCGUCCCCGAUACCAGCAACAGCACCCCCACGCGCGACGAGGAACGGGAGGAACUUAAGCAUGAUCCAUCAUGCUCUUCCAGGACAGAAGCUAAGGAAGAUGAGCUUUCUCAGGCACCAGCAUGUGCACGUGUGGGUUUGGAGCACUACAACAGCAUGAAUCAGGGGGAUGAGCAUGAGCUGGUUAAAGCAGUGGACGUUCAUUCCUUUGUGUGCUGUGGUAUGUGGUUACAUGCAAAUUUCCUUGCUCGGCGUAAAGGUGCCAACAACUGUGUUGAUCUUGUUCCCAAAUACUUCUUUGCGGAGCUGAAUCUUGAUGGAUUUGGUCUGCUGUGUGCUUCAUGUGUUAAGAUUGAUUCAGUUGAAUCAAAGAACCUUGGUGGUUGUGGAAUGUGCCCAGGAAAAAUCAGGCACCCUGCUGAUGGAACUUAUCUUGGUGCCCAGGCUUGCCGUGGACCUGCUGCUAGUGGUGGUCUAGAAGUUGCAUUCAGCUUUUGAGUGCAUUUUUUCCAGUUAUGAAGCAUGGAUAAGUGAUCCUACUCAAAUUGGACCCAGUGCUCAGGUAGUUCGCAAAAAUAUAAUGGUGAUGUAGCCGGUGGUUU